UAAGUCCACUCCACAAAUUUUCCUUAACCAAAAACCACAAGAACCAAAACCUGCCCUACUACCCAAUACUCUGUUUUUUUUUCCAAACAUGGGGAUUCAACUACAAGGAAUCGCUCACCACGCCAGGCAAAAGCUGCAACGAACGUUAUCGGCCCGGCUAGCGAGUGUCGUAGCGACGUGCAACAAUGUGCCGAAAGGGCACGUUGCGGUUUACGUUGGAGAAGAAGGGUACAGGAAGAGGUUCAUCAUCCCUGUGACGUAUCUGAACCAUCCUCUGUUCCAAAUCUUGCUGAAUCGAGCCGAGGAAGAGUUCGGGUUCGACCACCCAAUGGGUGGUCUGACCAUUCCUUGCAGUGAAGAGUACUUCAUUAGUCUAACUUCAGCGCUGAACUGCUGAGUUGAUUCAUUGCCUUUGGGGCAAUUCGUUUCCUGGGAAGAAAAGAAUGAUCAGGAAAGUAGUGUAUUUUUCGUUUUUUAAGUGUUUGAUGAGCUUCUAAGAGGUGAACAUUCUUCAAGCAGGCUUGCUGUUUCUACAGUUUUUGUGGGCACAAAUUGAAGUGCUCAAUGUAAUGUGUGUAAAUUAAUGAAUACACAUUUUCAAUCUUGUAAUCACAAAAGAUUAGAAUAAGGACCAGCUUGUUUGCCGGUAAUACGAGGAUCAUAGUAUUCGUCAAUAUUGAAGUUUAUGUUUUAGAACCAGUAAUCAUCUUAUAAAUAAAUGAGGAGUAUCAUUGGUUGCCUUCGGAAAGAAGAAAAAAAAUUGGAAAAAAGAAAGACAAAAUACUUCUAUGUGGCUCAAGGUUUGAUAGUUUCGACGAAAAUGAGUCCUACUUGUUUUAAAACUACUAUUAUGAUCCAAUAAUUGGACCAUGGAGAUAGAAACUAUUUGCAUUUCGUUUUUUAUCUGAAACUUAAUUCAAACUGAUUUGGUCAUUCAAGUUACAUUUCUUUUUCAAAGUGGUCUAUUUAUGAUUGAAUUCUCAUUGUGGUUAUCGCUACGUCAUCUGUUUCUACUUUCUAACAUAUACAAUUGAGUUGGAUUAAAAUCGCACGGAACUGAAAGCCCGAUCGUUUUUUCCUCCAUGUCGCGUAUCAUAUUCGCCAUUUCAAACAUAUUACAUUAGUUUUAUUUAUUUAUCAAAUGGUCACUAAUUGCAAUCCGAUAACGAUGCUCACAACCCAUUCGGGAGAACAUGCUCACAUGCGCCAAAGGUCGUCUGAUCGAGCGCAAUGCAGUGGCAUUUUUGUAAUAAAAUGUCAUCUAGCCCAUCCAGCAGCCGCGAUACAACCGCACGGGAUCCAAUGGCCCUUGACACCUGGGAGCAUGUUCUUAUAGUUGGGUUGUGAGGAUUUUAGCAAAAUUGCACAAAUUGGCCAAUUGGGUACAUUAUUUGGGGUAAAAUAUGAAAGAUGUGAAGAUAUGAGGGCAACAUGUACUUUGUCCUGACACCAAAUGAUAAAUUUGGGUGUUAUCUUGAGGAGAACUAUGCCCUUGUGCACACACAACAAAAAGCAGCUACUAGCUGGUACUAAAAAUAGUAAAACAGAGCACAUGUUCACCACAUGAAAAGAGAUCUUGAGAAGGCCUUCCAACUUCAAGUGGAGCAAUUUGUUUGGCCAUUAAAACUAUGCUCUCUCUCAAAUGAUUGAUUCACUGAUUGGGAAGUUGGGAACCCUAAAAUAUCCUUUUCCUUUGUGAGGAGGAUAUCCAAUCCCCAAACACAACAACAAUCUAUCAAUUCAUUUAUAACAGAGGAUAGAUAAAAGAAAGAAUAGCCUUCUGUUCUGACACAAAACCAAACCGUUUCUCUUGAUUUCCCCCAUCUGAUGUUCUGACACCACCCAACCCUCUUCCUUCAAGUAGUUUGUUUGUUUAACCUUGACGUAAGAAAGUCCAAGUUUCACAACUUGAACGCCACUUCGACUCCUGCAGUGGUAUGCAUCAGCAUUCACGAGUUGGAACAGGGUUAUUGUGUUGUUAGCAACCCGGUAUAUGAGAAUGUGCUCACAACGUGCUUAUACUACGCAUUUAUUAGGAAUGGGCAGGGAUUUCUAUUUACAGUAGAAAUGGUAAUUAUUAUUGUGAUUAAUAGUUAGCGAUGAUAAAAUAUAACAUACAAGAAAUCACUUAUGUGUGGAUUGGGAAAAUUGGUUUUCAUGAUAUUCGAACAAUUAUAUCUCGAGCCUUUUGAUACGAUAAUUAUUAUUGUGAUUAAUAGUUAGCGAUGAUAAAAUAUAACAUACAAGAAAUC